UAGUUUAUACAAGCAAACAGAAAAAUGAGUAGUGGAAAGUUGGAGAACAAGUCGUUUAUGGAAGAGCUUAGGAGCUUUGACAAAGGUGGCUUCUUUGAGUUGGGCCAUCCUCUUCUCAAUCGUGUUGCUGAAAGCUUCAUCAAAGCUGCUGGGAUUGGAGCUAUUCAGGCUGUAUCUCGUGAGGCUUAUUUCACUGCCUUUGAAGGAAAUGCAGGAGAAAAUUCAUCAAGUAGUGUUGGUGCAACAGAAAUCCCAGGUGCCAAGAAGCACCGUUUCCCUGACUUAAGAGGUGAAACAAACAGAAAAUCACUUGAAGCCAUGGUGAAGAACACAGGGAAGGAAUCUUUGCAAUGGGGGCUAGCUGCAGGAGUGUAUUCAGGUCUCACUUAUGGACUGAAGGAGGCUCGUGGGGCCCAUGAUUGGAAAAAUAGUGCAGUGGCAGGAGCACUAACAGGCGUGGCAUUGGCGCUGACAUCAGACGACACCACACAUGAGCAAGUUGUGCAUUGUGCCAUAACUGGAGCUGCCAUUUCCACUGCUGCUAAUCUUCUCUCUGGCAUAUUCUAA